ACCAAUUGAGAUAACAUUUUAUAAAAUGUUAAUUGAGAAAUAUGACGAGAAGCCAAAGUUUGAGAUAGGAUUUUCUCCCUUCUAUUUUAUUUCGUAUCCUUUAUAUAAUAUUCAAUGCAGAAGCAUCCUCUACAAGUAUUUGAAUCAUUAUGAUCAGAACGUCACGUAUAGCCCCCUGGUGAACAUCAAGAACUUAAACAUAAAGACGUAUGUCAUUUGCAUUUUAAACAGCCUGCACCAGAUUUACCAAGAUGAGGGAAUAGGCGGAUUGUACAAGGGGUUAAUACCCAUGCUGGCUCACAUCAUAUCGAAGAAGUCCAUUUAUUACCUACUCGAAAAGAUACAUUUUGCCAUCCGGAGCAGAAAGAGCAGAGAACAGCGGAGGGGCCAGCAGAACGGAGGGAAGGCGCCCCGCAGAUACGACCACGGAUUCGAGGACGAUGCUGGAUGUGAAGACGGCCGAGAAGAUGGCCGCGAAGAUGGCCGUGAUGACAACCGCGAAGACGCGAGCAACUUCAUCGGGGACGAGAUCAACCUCCAAGUGGUGCGGCAGAUGGAAAUGGUCCGGGAGGACGGCGACUCCGUCAAGAAGAAAAAGAAAAAAAAAUACUUCCACCUGUCCUUUUACCACAGCUUUUACGAGUACCUCAGCUGCAUCCUGUCCUACCCCCUCCUCAACAUCUCGACCAAGUUGAUCGUCUUCCAGAACAAUUCCCUCUCCCUCAUGAGCAACCUGAAGGACAUCGUCCAACUGACCUACCUGUACGACGGAGUGCACGGCUUCUUCAGGGGACUGAACAACUACCUGCUCAUACAGUCGAUGGAGAAGAUACUAAACUGCUUUUUGUACCGAGCCUUUUCCGACAGCUGCUCGUAUGAGAAGGUCCUCACCAUUAAGGUGGUCCUAUCAACGUGCCUGAACACCAUCAUGGCGCCGUACAUUCAGUACUCCAUCCUUAACAGGUCCCAGUCGCUCGUGCCGAGUCACCUGUCGAAUGUGUCGGUCGGAUUAGCCGUCGCUGGGAUUCAGCUGAUCAUCAUCGCGCUGCUCCCGAGGGACACCCCCAAGAGCGACGAAGUUGUGGACCAGGAGAAGGACGAGUACUUCUGA